AUGGCUUUUCCACCCUUUACACCCUAUCUAGCCCAACAGAUGGCUGCAAUUCCACGAUCUGGUACUCCAAUCUACACACACAACAGAGUCAGUGACUCUUCCUCAAUACCUACGACGACGCUUGAUCAAGUGACACCACCGCAACGAGAGCUUCGCGACAUGGUUGAAUACAGUGGAGACUCAAGCCAAUACAACAACGGAUUACGCACGAUGCAACAAAUCCUCGCGGCGCCAUCGACUCGAUUACCGGAGCUGCUGCAGCUGAGCUGUGUAACAUGUCGCCGCAGGAAGGUCAAGUGCAAUAGGAGGGACCCAUGCUCCAACUGUGUCAAAACAGGAAUGGCUUGUGUCUUCCCCACAUCUGGAAGAAAAUUCCAGAGGGCAAGCAAACCGCGUGAAAUAGAUGUCAUCAAUCGUCUAAAACGGCUGGAAGACGUAGUCAAAAAUAUCAGGCAUCCUAUACACCUGGAGACACCAAACCCACCAUCGGAUGCAGCUGGCGAAGACACAAUCACAGUAAUGGAGAAGUGCCCUUUCGAUGGCACAGAUCCCCGAGCAACUCGACACAAGCAUGGUUCUCCAGAAGAGUUUGGACGGCUGAUAGUUGACAAUGGUUCCUCUCGAUACAUAAGCAACCGGCUAUGGGCGAGUUUGAGUGACCAGAUAGAUGAACUGCACGAUCUUUUGGUACCUUCAUCUCCACAUAGUGAUGAAUAUCUCUCUCCGGAUAAUGGCCACAACGGCAAUAAACAUUAUGACUGUUUUCUCUUCGGCUUUAGUUCUGUGGCACAUACGUUGGCCAACUAUCAUCCACAGACAGAGCAGCUGUUGAGACUAUGGGACAACUAUCACCGCAAUGUAGCGCCGCUACUUAUGAUCCUACACCCAGAAACUGUAAAAGAGGUCUUCUAUAGAUCCCACCUCGAUCCUGGGUCCCUGGACAGCGCUUCUGAAUGUCUUCUAUUUGCUAUUUACUUCUCAGCUUCCGUGAGCAUGAAUGACGACCAAUGUGUUUUUGAACUUGGAGAUACGAAAGAAGCAGUGACGAGCCACUUCAGAUUUGCUACUGAACAGGCAUUUGUUAGAGCAGAUCUCACCAGUUCUAAAAGCUUGAUUGUAAUCCAGGCCGCUGUCCUUUAUCUGAAAAGUUUGCGUGCAUUGGAGCAGAUGCGGGUUGUAUGGACAAUGACUUCCAUCGUGAUCCGUCUAGCUACAGGCCUGGGCUUACAUCGGGAUGGUUCCGCAUUCGAUCUAGAACCUUUCGAAAUCGAGAUGCGCCGUCGCCUAUGGUGGAGUAUCUGCAUUCUGGAUGUUCAAACUGCAGAAGAUCAAGGCACAGACCCAAUGAUUCAUGAUGUGUUCUACGACACCCAAAUCCCGUUGAACAUCAACGACGAGGACAUUCGCCCUGGCCUCAAGAAUAUGCCCUACGAACUUGCUGGCUACACUAGCUUGACAUAUUUUCUUCUUCAAUGUGAAGUCGCUUUGGCCACGCGCCGAUUGACCUACUAUCUCCCAGGGAGUCCCUGCCCUGCCUUACAGACAAUUGAAGAGCGCCAAACGCUUGUCCAUGACCUUGAUAGGCGUCUCAAUGAGCGUUAUGUCCGCCAUCUUGAUACAACGAAUCCCCUGCAAUGGGCCUGCAGCAAACUUGUCAGCACAGCUGUCGCCAAACUUUCGCUUAUAAUCUACCAGCCAUUGGACAAAACAAAAAGCAUUGCAUCGCUACCACAAAACAUACAAAGCAAGAUUCUGCUUAAAGCCAUCGAAGUGGUUGAACUCUCGCACCUUUUUCAAACUGAUAUCAGAGUCACAAGAUGGAAAUGGGAUUUGCAAGCACAUACUCCCUGGUAUGCCGUUGCUUAUGUUCUGGCUGAACUAUGCAACAGCCGGGACAACUUGGAAAUGGAGCGUGCGUGGUUGUCAGUGUCUAAAAUUUUCAAAGAAUGGCAAAUACACGCGUUCAGACAAAACAAGCCUUUGUGGCGACCGUUAUCACGACUUAUGAUGCGAGCAUCAUCUCGUCGGGACAAACAGGAGGAAGAUAGAAUACAGCCACAUGUUGCAUUAGACGAUUCAGUCUUCCCAACGCAAUUGUCAGAUCCGAUCACUUCUAAUUUCGCCGCAGAUGCUUUUGCUUCUUUUAACCAGCCGAUUAAUGAAACACAAUCCCAGAAUACCGUCGCUCCCUAUUUCAACAUGGUCCCACACACACGGUUGGAAGUACCAUCAGAAAUAUUUGACGAGUUUGAUAUUUUGCAGCCUGGGAUCUGGAAUGGCGACUUAGCAAAAUAA